AUGAAGUUCGGUCGCAGAAUAAAGGACUCGCUCUACUCGGAAUGGGCCGACCACUACAUUGCCUACUCUGCGCUCAAGAAGCAAAUCAAAGCCAACCUCCCGUGGUCCGACACUGCCGAAGCCGAAUUCCUCCGUUCACUCCGGGACGAGCUCACCAAAUGCGAGACCUUCCAGGCCGACAAGGCUGCCGACUCGAUGCGCAAGAUUGAGGCGCUCGAGCGGGAGGUACAUGCGUUCGUGGAGGAGCAGGAGCUCGCGGAGCAGGAGGCGGAAAGUAGGGACGAUGAGGAUCCCGAGUCUGGGUCGAGGGAGCGGAAUGCGCGGAGACAUCGGGACGACGAUGGCGGUUCGGACGACGACGAUGAUGAUGAGGACGACGAUGGAGCGAGUGCGAUUAGCGAGACCGAGGCAGAGGAGAAGUUCAAGGCGUUCGAGGAUGAGGUGGCAGUCCUGGUCGCGGAUGUGCAUGAUUUGGCCUUGUUCACCAAGUUGAACUUUACGGGAUUUCAGAAGAUUGUCAAGAAGCACGAUAAAAUCACCGGUUGGCAGCUCAAGCAGCGGUUCAACAAGGAGUACCUCGAGCAACACCCGUUCUACCGCAUGAACUACGACCACCUCAUUGUCAAGCUGUCCAAGCUCUUUGAUCUUGUCCGGACGCGAGGACAUCCAGUGGAGGGAGAUGCGAGUGCUGGAGGAAGCCAGAACGCUUUCGUCCGAAGUACGACCAAAUACUGGGUGCACGACGAGAACCUUGUCCCGCUCAAACUCGCCAUCAUGCGACAUCUCCCCGUACUCGUCUUCGAUGCCAACAGGGAAUGGGUACCCGCCGACUCGGCCAUCACCUCGAUCUACUUUGACAACGAGGAGCUCGAGCUGUAUCUCGGUCGGCUGGAGAAGACGGAAGGCGCCGAGGCUGUCCGGAUGCGGUGGUACGGUGAUGUCACAGGCAAGACUGUCUUUGUGGAGCGCAAAACCCACCGAGAAGACUGGACUGGCGAAAAAUCCGUCAAGGAGCGAUUCACCAUCAAGGAGGACAAGAUGAAUGACUUCUUGUCGGGGAGAUAUACUAUGGACGAGGAGUUUGAUGCGCUAGUAGCCAAGGGCAAGAAGACGGCUAAGGAGGUCGAGGGGAUGAAGCAAUUGGCGGCGGAAAUCCAAUACGCGAUCAUCACGCGGAAACUCAGGCCAGUCAUGCGGACGUUCUACAACCGUACUGCCUUCCAACUCCCCGGAAACGCCUCGGUCCGUAUAUCGCUCGACACGGAACUCACCAUGGUCCGGGAAGACAACUUUGACGGUUGGGACCGAACCAACGGAAACUGGCGCCGGACCGACCUGGGUAUUGAUCACCCCUUCGAUAGCAUCAAAGCGUCUGAAAAGGAGCCGUUCCCGUACGGUGUGCUGGAGGUCAAGCUGGCCACCAAGGUCGGGGAGGAACCGCCCCAGUGGAUCCGGGACCUCAUCAAUUCGCACCUCGUCGAGGCCGUCCCCAAAUUCUCCAAAUUCAUCCACGGUUGUGCCACGCUUCUUCCGGAACGCGUCGAUCUCGUGCCUUUCUGGCUGCCGCAGAUGGACCAGGAUAUCCGAAAACCCGUCACUGCGCGCUCGCGGGUCCUCAUCGAACGCCCUCACUCGACUGCCCACUCGUCAGCUUCCGCCCAAACGUCCGCGCCGGACUCGCCGGACAUCUCGCAGCCUACCAGCUAUCACGAGCCGCUCUCGGACGGCGAGGACGACGAGGAGUACCUCACGCACGCGGCGAAGAAUGAGGAUGUCCACCUCCGGCUACCGCCAGGUGCGGCGGCAGAGGCAAAGGCGGCGCGGGACUUCCGGGAGAAGAAGCUUCGGGACGAGGCGCACGCCCAGGCUGCGGCUGCUGCCAGUGGGAGCAAAGGAGAGGUGGGGGCGGCAGCGAAGCCCGCCAAGGAUGCCGGAGGCGGAACCUCCGCUGAGGCCGGUAACGGCCAGACGUCGGAUGCCAAGCAACAAGCCAUCAAGUCGAAAUACGACCCUUCGCGCCGGAUCGACCCGCUGGCAUCGGCCGACCGCGUUGUCGAUAGCAACAAGAACAUUUCGCUGUUGGACGAGGCGAGCCUGAAGAAGCUGAAUGAUGCGCAAAAGAAGCGGAUCAAGGAUGUGGCGGGAUCAGGGAGUGAAGGGGAGGAAGAAGAGGAGGAAUUGGAAGAGGAUGACGAGGAGGCGAAUAGGGUGGUUUAUGUGGAUCACUUUAGGGCGCCGGCGGGGAAGAAGAUCUCGAUGCCGGUGAGGAUAGAGCCGAAGGUUGUGUUUGCGGCAGAACGAACAUUCUUGAAGUGGUCACACUUUGCAGUCCUGCUCGGCGGAGUCUCCAUCACUCUCCUCAACUUCAUCCCCGCCUCGGACCCCAUCGGGAUGAUCUCCGCCGGCUGCUUCACGCUCACCGCCCUCCUCGCUAUCGUUUACGCCGGCGGCAUGUACACGUACCGUAUUCUGAAAAUCAGGAAACGGCGGGCCAUCGACUAUCACGACAAGUACGGCCCGACCCUUCUUACCGCGGCGCUGUUCACGAGCGUGUUGGUAAAUCUGGUGCUGCGGCUGAGGGAGUUAUAG